AUGCCCCUUAUCUCUCACACGCAGGAACACACACUCCCUUGUUUACAAUUCCCGCACGCAGUACACUCAAACAUUCUCCGUCUGCCUCCAACCACCACCCGCACAGUCGCCAGCACAGACGCUCCCACUACCAAUCUCGCCUCAGCCAGAGUUCGCCGUCGGAAUCCUUUUGGCCGCCUCAGCCGUCGUCCUAAAAACCUGACAUAUUUUCCGGGGUUAUGGUAUGUCGAAGAGGCUGAAACGGCGUCAGGAAAAAAGUCGGAGACAGGGAAGACCAGAGGUAUACACGAUCUCCUAAUUGAAUCCGCCGCCAUAAUCGUAUCCAGGGGAAUUGAUGGCGGGGUGAUUGCUUUUUCGAGCCUCGGCGGACGUCGAUGGCAGUACAGGAGGAGAUGGCCGCCUCGCUGGACUGAAGAACGGAUAUGGCCGCCUUCGGGUGUGGCGACAACCUCAGGACCUUCGGUGGCGAGCACCUCAGGACCUUCGGGUUGGUUCACAGGACAGCGCGACGACCUCAGGACCUUCGGGUCCGGUGACGACCUCAGGACAUUCAGUGGCGACAACCUCAGGACCUUCGGGUCUGGCAAUGACCUCAGGACCUUUGGGAUGGCGACGACCUCAAGACCUUCAGUGGGACGACCCAAGCAGCUUCGGGACCAAAAUCGCCGAGUUGAUGUAGCCUCCUCACCGGAGCGUGGGCCACUCUCAGCGGCGCGGAUCGGCAUCUGUCAAUCCCCUGUCGGUCUGGAACCCGGCGGGCGGUGGUCGCUAUUAUUCGAGUGGGUUGCUUCCUUCUCGGAUGCCAUGUCGAGGAAAUUGUCGUGCUCGGCUUUUGAUGUGAGGCUGACCCUCGAACUUCCUGUUUUCGGCGGUCCUUGGUGCUUGGUCGCUGGAACUAUCCGGCCGGUGGUAAUUCCUAGAGCUGCGACGGGUGGGGAACUUGUGUGGAAGGUUGUGGGUUGGGGUCUUCGGGGGCUCGAUGGUGGUGGACUAAGGUGGCAUCGCGUCUGUCGGGCUGGUGUCAAUUUGCGCCGUGAUGGUUCGUUGCUCGUUGCGCCUGAUGGGAUCAUGGAUGGUGACGAGGACGAACCAGAGGAAGAGGAAACAAGGCGCUACGUCAAGGAGGACUUGGAAAUUUCGGUCAAUGCAAUGUCGGGAGUGCACGGGCCGAGAACCAUUAAGUUGCCCGCCUCGCGCCUCGACCAGGACUGA